GGGGAAUAUUGAUGGUGUGGGACGGUUACCAUGGAAACCGGAAAGACACAUAAGACGCGCAGAAAAGGAAGGCAAUUAUAUGGAGUCGGAGUAUAUAAAACAGCACCUGGGGAAAUGUCUGGGGGAAGGACUAGUGGAGGUGGCCGAGCGGCGACCUAAGGACCCCAUCCUGUACCUGGCUCACUGGCUGUACAGACACAACUCUAAUGUGGAGUAUAAGAAACUGCAGAUGAUUGAGAAGACCACACAGUCUGCUGCACCCACUGAAACAGCUGUAGAAUCUGCUGAGGAUGCAAAUUCAGUCAAAGAAGAAAGACCAGGCUGUCCUGAUGUAGAAAACAAGCAGAGUACAGGAGAGCAUCCACCCGAGGUGCAGGAAACUGAUGUUGAACGGGAGGUUGAAGAAGAACAGGGAGACAAACCUGAGGACUCCAUCCAAGCAGAACCAGAGUCCACACUGGAGAGUGAAGACAUGAAGACAGAGGAAACCUUUUCAAAUAAAGAAGAAGAAACUAGCGUAGAGAUCAAAGCUGAGACACAAGAAUCCAGUUCUGUCUCCUUGCAGGAGCAGGAAAAGGCUGAUGGUGUUAACCCUGAAGAUACCACUGAGCCCGGAGCUGCCCCAACUCCAAAGGAUGAGGGCCUCCAACCUAAGACGGAAAAAGAAGAAGAAGUUGCAGACACCGAGCCUGAAUCACAGGAAUCAAAGAAUACAGCUGUCAAAGAAGAAGUGGAGGAGGUAGAAGAGCAAAACAUCAAUAAGAAGGCUGAUGACGGCGGCUCGAUGGUGGAGUGAAUCAGGAGAGACGAAGAAGAUCCAAACGAAGUGAAUCAUCCACGUUUGAAUUUUACCGCUUCAGUUUGACGAAUGUGUUUAUGUGCAAAGUAUGAAAUAAAUAUCACCUGGUGUUAUAA